AUGAACAAAUCACCUAGUGAUGAGGCAGUUCACCAACUUGCAAGUGAUGGAACCAACAACCAUCACACAUCACACAACCAUCACAGCUUGAGCUCAUCCUCUCAGUUAGAUAUAUCCAUGAAAAACUUUUUGGACUUCCUGGCCACUGCGUACAGGCUAAAUGACGCUUUGGAAAACUACCCUUUGGAGACGUUUAAGAAAUCAAACACAAUUGAUUGGAAUCAGUUGAGUACAUGCAUAUUUUUGUCAACAAUUUUCUCAAAUGAGGGUUCAGAUAGACAUUGUCAGAAGAAGAGCCAGGAGCAUGAUCACAGUUCUCACUAUGAAGAAUCAGAUGUAAACCUCUCUUCCAAACAAAAUGGAAUUACUGAUAAAUCACAUGAUGACAUUCAAUCUUUGGACAAAAGCUCCGAAAAAGUUGAAGAUGAUUGCAAACCUAUCCCGAAACAAAACUUGAAAAGAAGUGAGAAACACAAGAGGGGACGAUCGGCGAGUCUGACCAAUAAUGGCAACGGAAGAGCUGAAAAAAGUAAGUUGGACAAAAGGAGAAGCAGCUUUGCGAAAAAAGAUAGUUCAGAUAGUAAAAGCAGAAGUAGAGGUGAUGUCAGUAUUGUGGAGCGGUUAGUUAAAAGAAAACUAAGCGAAGUUUUACAAGAAGGUAUCUUAGACUCGGUUUUACCAUACGUGAUCCCCAAACAAAGUGGGACUUUGUCCCCGAAGAAACCACUGACAGUGGAGAAGAAAAAUAAUCAUGAUAAACUGCCAGGAUCCUCGGUGAACCAAAAUAAAGACAAUAUAUCAGUGUAUCACUCCAAAAAGCCAAAUUUCAUGAUUACAGAAAAUUCUAAAGAUACAACAAAUGACAUCGAAGUUGAAAUACAUGUGUGUGAUGAGGUUAAAAAUACAAAGAAAGAUUUUAGAUGCUCUCAAAAACUACUUGUUUCAAAAAUGGGUUACUUUGCAGAAGUUACAACUGGUCAGAAUCUUGAAGAUAUGGACAUCUCAGUCCACUGCGAUAUAACGAUAUUUGAAUGGCUUAUGAGAUGGGUGAAGAAGGACGCUUCUAGACCAGAGUUAGCACCUCAGUUAGAUGCUGCAAAUGUGAUACCAGUGUUGGUCUCAGCUGCAUUCCUACAGAUGGAUCCUUUGUUGAAUGACUGCCUGCAGUUCUGUCAAGAGCACAUGAAUGAAAUCCUACGACAAGCAACGAAUCUCUCAUGCUUGAAUGACAGUAUUAUCACUAGGUUGGCUAAUCAGUUCACCAAUGUUGAAAUAGAAGAAAUAAGAGAUAAAAGAGACAAACUUCAGUCCAGACUGUUUUGUAAGCUGAUCACAUUCCUCGGAGAGCCAGAGCCUGAUCAACGUAGAGGUCACUUUGCUUCACUGGCAUACAUGUUUCAGUGUGCCUACUGUCACAAGCUACUUCCACAGACUCUCAGCUUAUCCGUUGCUUGCCGUUCCUCGAGCAACCGUAUCAACUCCAUGGGUCAGAUUCAAGGCGUCCAUGUCAGGAACCCAGAUUGGAGUGUAACAGAGUGGAUACGGCAGGUUCGAGCAGAACUGGGCUGUUGGCGUAGCGUCUAUUGGCGACUCUGGGGACAUACUCAUUGGCUUCAGUGCUACGUCUGUCACCUGUACUAUCCAGUAUCACAAACCGACUGGUGCUCUUACCACCCCGACUCACCACAGUUUUUUAUCAUGGAGCAGCACAGGACAAUGUCAUUUCCCAUAGGGAGAUAUCCAUGCUGCGGUGAAAGGGCUUACCGGUUUGAAGUUCUCCAGAAUACAAAUGGAUGCACUUAUCGUUCCCAUGUUCCAAUAGUAGACUCCAACAUAAGUUUUGCCAUUCAAAAAAUCUUCCAGACACAUCGGCAUCUCAUAGCUAUAGAGCCUCCCCGUACCGUCUUCCAAGAGCGUCUCACUCGUUUAGUUAGAUCUAAUAGAGAUGGUAGCAAUAUAGAAGACAACAAAGACUGUGUGCCUAAUACUUCCCUCUGGUGGCAUGGACUAGAAUUAGCUCCAUCAUGCUACAAAACUGCUUUAAUCUCCAGAAUUUGGGAAAAACCAAAAGAAUCCAAGAGUAAAGCACACUGGGUAGAAAGCUGUCCUCGAGUGUCUAAUCAGCAAGUGUACAGCGAAGUCUCAGGCUCAAGCGAGAAUGCAACUUCCUCCCCAGAAGACACUGAACGUGAUUCAUCUCCCAGUUUAGGGGAGGAUAAUUCUGAAGAUUCUCUACUAUGUACUUCUCCAGUACAAAAUACAAACAAGAAAAACUGCUCCAUGUUCGUAUACUGUCCUAACCAGCCUAACCAGUGGUUGGCUCGAUAUUCAACCCGUUACAAUCAAGAUAGUCUGCGAGAUUACGAGGAGUGGUCUCUAGGCACUGUGGUGGGAUUGUUAUCUCGAAGACAUGGGGACUUGCGAGGGUCACUACGUGGAAAAUGGGGUCCUCAUAUCACACCUCUAGGAGGCACUUAUGUGAGACUAGAAGCACAGUGGAGAGAAGGUCAUAUGCAUCUCUACCAAGGCUCCAGAGUACCAGUCAUUACCAAUUCUAGAGGAAGACCUAUCAUCUCCACUAGAGCUCGCCCCAGAAGCAAUCUUCGUUGAUCCUGAGUCACUGCUUAAUCUCCUAACCUAACCUAACUCAUCACUGCCUACUGAAAGAAUGUCAAAUAGUUUUCUUAAAGUUUGUAACCGGUUUAGUGAUUUGGGUUUUUAUUGAAUAAACUUGUA